GGAGGGGCGGGCCCGGCCCGGCUCGGCCCGGCCGCCCGCGCGCGGCUCUUGGAGCGCCCCGGGCCCGGCCCGGGCGGCGGCGGCGGCUUUAGACGGAGGCCUCAGCGGCGCCUGUGCGCCGUACCGCACCGCAGCCAUGGCCCUGGUGACCCUGCAGCGCUCGCCCACGCCCAGCGCCACCUCCUCCUCCGCCAGCAACAGCGAGUUGGAGGCCGGCAGCGAUGAAGAUCGCAAGUUAAGCCACAGCUUAAGUGAGAGCUUUUUCAUGGUGAAAGGAGCAGCCCUCUUCCUGCAGCAGGGAAGCAGCCCUCAAGGCCAGCGGAGUCCUCAGCACCCCCACAAGCAUGCAGGGGACCUGCCUCAACAUCUUCAAGUCAUGAUCAACCUUCUGCGUUGUGAAGAUAGAAUCAAGCUGGCCGUGCGCUUGGAGAGUGCCUGGGCGGAGCGGGUCCGCUACAUGGUGGUGGUGGAUAGCAGCGGGCGCCAGGACACGGAGGAGAGUAUCCUGCUGGGAGUCGACUUUUCCAGUAAGGAGAGUAAAAGCUGUACCAUCGGGAUGGUUCUCCGACUGUGGAGCGACACAAAAAUCCACCUCGAUGGAGAUGGUGGAUUCAGCGUCAGCACCGCCGGGAGGAUGCAUGUCUUCAAGCCUGUGUCCGUCCAGGCCAUGUGGUCUGCCCUGCAGGUCCUGCACAAGGCCUGCGAGGUGGCGCGGCGGCACAACUACUUCCCAGGGGGCGUGGCGCUGCUCUGGGCCUCCUACUAUGAGAGCUGCAUCGGCUCCGAGCAGAGCUGCAUCAACGAGUGGAACGCCAUGCAGGACCUCGAGUCCACGCGGCCCGACUCCCCCGCCCUGUUCGCAGACAAGCCGACCGAAGGGGAGAGGACGGAGCGUCUCAUCAAAGCCAAACUCCGGAGCAUCAUGAUGAGUCAAGACCUGGAGAAUGUGACGUCCAAAGAAAUUCGUAAUGAAUUAGAGAAACAGAUGAACUGUAACCUGAAAGAAUUCAAGGAAUUCAUAGACAACGAGAUGCUCCUUAUCUUGGGACAGAUGGACAAGCCGUCUCUCAUCUUCGACCAUCUUUAUCUCGGCUCUGAAUGGAAUGCAUCCAACCUGGAGGAACUGCAGGGCUCAGGUGUUGACUAUAUUUUAAACGUCACUAGAGAAAUAGAUAAUUUUUUCCCUGGCUUAUUUGCGUACCAUAACAUCCGAGUCUAUGAUGAAGAGACCACAGACCUCCUCGCCCACUGGAACGAGGCGUACCAUUUUAUAAACAAAGCAAAGAGGAACCGCUCCAAGUGCCUAGUCCACUGCAAGAUGGGUGUCAGCCGCUCGGCUUCCACGGUCAUAGCCUACGCGAUGAAGGAAUUCGGCUGGACCCUGGAGAAAGCCUACAACUACGUGAAGCAGAAACGCAGCAUCACGCGCCCCAACGCGGGCUUUAUGAGGCAGCUGUCUGAGUAUGAAGGCAUCCUGGAUGCCAGCAAACAGCGGCACAACAAGCUGUGGCGCCAGCAGACCGAGGACAGCUGCUUCCAGCAGCCUGUGGACGACCCCGCGGGGCCCGGGGACUUCCAGCCAGAGACCCUGGACAGCACCCAGGAAGCCCCGCCGCCCUGCUUGGACGCCACCGCCCCCCUGCCUGAGUUCCCAGGCAGCGGGGCCCUGGGGGGCGCUGCUCUGCCCUGCUGUUUCCGGCGACUCUCAGACCCCCUGCUGCGGGCCCCAGGCGACGAGACGGGCGGCCCCGUCCACCUGGAGGAUCUGGAGAGGGACGCUCUGCUGGAGGAAGCUGCUCAGCUGGCAGAGGUGUCCCAGCCAGCCAGACCCCCCCCAGAAGGUCUGGGAUUUUGCGAGAGGGAAGUGACGAAGAAACCAGAGCCUGAGCCGCAGGCGGAGGAGAUGCAAAGGGAGGAGGCCCUGGGAGCCAGGAGGUGGGGGCAGCCGGCAGCCCAGCUCGAUAACCUGCUCAACCGGGAAAACCUAAAUAACAACAACAGCAAGAGGAGCUGCCCGGACGACCUCGAGCAUGACGCGAUCUUCGGGAUCCUUAACAAAGUGAAGCCUUCCUACAAAUCCUGCGCCGACUGCAUGUACCCAGCAGCCGGCGGGACCCCCGAGGCCUUCGGGGAGCGAUGCAAGAACCCCGGUGCUGCCGCCAUCUGCACCCAGCCCACCUUCCUGCCCCAACUCACGUCUUCCCCUGUGGCCAGCAGGUCCCGAGCUUUGGAAAAACUGGCCUCUGGCCCAACCGAUACUGCCCCCUUCCUACUACCAACAGGCUCAAGGAGGCCAGACAACGGCGGCCCAGGGGCCGGGGCUGCCCCAGAGCCCCCAGCCAGCCUUCCGGAACCUUCCAGAGAGACUCACAAAGCCCUACCAAAGUCCCUCCUCGUGAAGAAUUCUCACUGUGAUAAGAACCCUCCCGGCUUGGAAGCAGUGAAGGAAGACUUGUCACCCAGGAAAGAUCCGAAGCCGGCCAAGGACCUGCGGCUCCUGUUCAGUAAAGAGGCCGAGAAACCCACAAGCAACAGCUACUUGAUGCAGCACCAGGAGUCCAUCAUCCAGCUGCAGAAGGCGGGCCUUGUACGCAAGCACACCAAAGAGCUGGAGAGGCUGAAGGGCACGCCCGCCGAGCUGGGGGCCCCGUGCCGGGACGGCCCGGCCGCCAUCCCCGAGGAGAACCAGGACUUGCCUCUGCCAGGCCAAGCCCCGGGCCCCGAGAAGCCCGAGCCCGGUCCCUCUCUGCUGGAGGGAGCCCCGCUGAAGAGCCCCCCGCCCUUCCUGUGCCGCCUGGACCACGCCAGUCACUUCUCCAGAGACUUCCUGAAGACCAUCUGCUACACCCCCACCUCGUCCUCCAUGAGCUCCAACCUGACGCGGAGCUCGAGCAGCGACAGCAUCCACAGCGUCCGCGGGAAGCCGGGGCUGGUGAAGCAGCGCACGCAGGAGAUCGAGACCCGGCUCCGGCUGGCGGGCCUCACCGUCUCAUCCCCACUCAAGCGCUCCCACUCCCUGGCCAAGCUCGGCAGCCUCAACCUCUCGACCGAGGACCUGUCCGGCGAGGCCGACGUGUCCAGCGCGGCCGACUCCCAGGACGCCAGGUUGAGCGAGUCUUCCCUCUUGCACGAGCCCCCACCGGCCGGCAGGAGUCCGGCCGCCACCUCGAAACCAUCAGGGAAAUCUGCCCCGGAAAACUUGAAAAGCCCUUCAUGGCCGGGCAAAAGCUGACCCACCUCUGGCUGCGUUUGGACUUGUGCGAUCCCUCCCUUAGCCUCCCUGUGGAUUUCUGGUCCACCCCUGCCGUCUGGAUGUCCCUUAAGCAAUUGGCGUUAUCCUCGUUUUUCCUCCCCGCCUCUUUGCAGAGGGGAGAAGAAGCAACAAAAUUGCCGAACAUACAGCACAAGAAGAGAGAGGGGAGCUUGGGUGUCUGUGGCCUGUGAGAACCAGCAGCUGUCGGCCAGUAGACUCUAACCCCAAAGUGAGUGUUUCCAAGAAGACUCGUGUUUUAAGAAGAGCAUUUAUACGGAGAUGUGCACGCAUCAAAAAACAGCUCCAUGCACAACCUGCAAACGAAUAGCCGUGGUGUCGCGUCGGCACCGCAGGGGCUCAUCUUCGCUCAUGCAGGCCCUCAUGGGGAAACCCGUGGAUGGCACUAGAAUUCCUACCUCUAAUCCUGCUGUGCACGUUUUUUAUUUUUAAAAAUCCAGUAAUGACCAAGGCUUGUUCCAGGGGAAAAUGCUGUGUCAGAAAAGGUUUUUUUUUUUCCUAAAGAGAACUUUCUGUUGUUGCUGUCAGGACCCACGCCCCCCUCCCCCAAAAGCGUCAAGACUUUUAAAGUUGCCCACACCAAACACCGCUACUUAAAGCGACAGGAAGGCACAGACACUGUCGUCAGACCGACCCCGGGGUGUGUGGAGGUCCUCUGAGCUUUGACUUCCCGGUGCUGGCGUGUUGUCACAGCUGAGUGAUGCGUGUCUGGCCAGCCCUGGCGGAGGCAGGGGCAAAGUGUGUGUGUGUGGUCCUCGUUGUCCACCCCCAUCUGGGGAGAAGGACCCACAAAGUUAUCGUUGAGUCUCACCUGCUGCAGAAGGCCACAAGGUCCUACGAGGAUUUUGAAGGCGCUCGAGCAUCUGGCGGGGCUGGGAAAGGGGUUCGGAGACAUGGGUCACCCCACUGGAGCUUCGACACUCAGGUUCAUUAGGUCACACGUACUCAAGUCUGGGGAGGAAAGGGAGAGGUCAGCAGUGAGAGAUGCUCAGUCACUCGAGGAACAGCUCGGCAGCAGCUUCUCCGAGAAGCGGGACUGGUGGGAAGCUGCUCAGAUGUUUACAAGUCGCCCCUUCCUGCGGUGAGAACGCUGCUUCCUGCUUCUCCAUGGCUCUUCCCAGCAGGCCGGGAAGGCUUGAGGUCCCGCCCGGCUCCAGGGUAGCCCCUCAGGAUCUUGAGUAGAGGGACUCCUCUGAUGUCAGCAGGCAAGACAGGGUGUUAAAACAUUUUGGAGAGAGAAAAGAGGUUGGUUAGAUUUCAUGCAGGGGUCAGCCAACCAUGGCUGGGGUGUGUCGCCCCAUGAGCUAAGAUGGGUUGUUUUGUUUUUUUUUUUCAUAUUUUCAAAGGGUUAGCCAAAAAUUACCAAACAGGCAACAGAGACCAUGUAGCCUGCAAAACUGAAGAUACUUUAUAAUCAGGCCCUUUAUAGAAAACCUUUCCUGAGCCCUGGUUUUACUUGAAAACCCAGGGCUUGCCCAGGCCCUUGGGGAAGAAACUCCGGGGAGUUAGAAGGCCUCCCCGCCUCUUUUGUCACCUCAGGCCAAACCCUGCCCUCCUCCCUACCCAGUCCUUGCCAGCCCACCCCCAGUGUCUGUCCCCUGGGCAUCGGGGGACCCCUACUGGCUGAAGCUUUCCCACAGUUGCAGCUUGCCCUCAGAUGGGUCCACCGGAUUAUUUCAGUGAAACUAGACAUCCUUCAAGGGCCAGCCGAAUUCCAGAAGUGGGUAAAUGAGUCUCCAUCUUAUGUUGGUCCUAACUGGGCCUCUCAGAGCAACCCAUGCAGAGUUUUCAGAAACAAGGCCAGUCCAUGUUUCAGCUCGUGGGUAGAGCUUUUGCAAAAAACCCUCUCUCCAGAAAUUUUUUCUCCCUGACCUUUUUUUUUUUUUUUUAAAUCUUUUUAAGUAUAUGUUAUUUCACCUAAUAGGAAUUUGUUUCCCCACCGCUAUCAAUUGGAAUCACCUAAUAUGAUCCACUUAUUCCAGAAAACCCAGUUGGGUCUGUGCCUCUCUCAGCCAACACAAGAGCAUGGUCUCAAAAAAAACGUAUCAGGUUCAGUGUUUUGCCAAAUUGCAUUUCAUGUGGUGGGUCAAUUUUUGUGUCAAAAGAAUCCUGUAGAUUUGAUGAUGACAGGCUUAUGUUGUUUUUUUUUUAACCAUGCCUGGGUAUGAUAUAUUCUUGAAGACAUUCAUUUUGAAAGCCAUAGAUUUUUUUUAUCCAGGUAAAGGAUGGGAAGAGGAUUACAAAGAUGAGAGGGUCUUUGGCUUUUGGCAGAGUUAUCCAUUCAUUGUCAGAAGUUUGUCUGUUAAUGAAACUAGGGCCCAGGUCCCCACCAUCAGAACAAAGCGAAGCCUUCUUGAUGGGUAACAUUCUAGCCUGGAGAAGAGAAUGAAGGUUUUUCUCCCAGAUCAGUGGUGUAAAGACCAAUAUGGAUUGCUAUUUUAAAUGUUAGCUAAUAAGACCAGAGUGUUCUACCAGGCUUGGGGGCAUCUCGACAGACAGAUGCAUUAGUGGUCUCCGAAAAGAAAGCUUGCACCAUAAGCUUCUUGACCAAUGCUUUGUCUGUACACUUAGCGGAUGGGGGAAAUUCUGAAUGUGGGCGGCAGAGGUUUAUGCUGUGAGAGUCAUGGAUUUUGGUGACCAGCUAUCUUCAUGGAAUGCUGAAUCAGCUUGGUACCCCAUAAAUUCAGCUGUGUUUCCUCUUCCCCCUCCACCUCCCCACCAUUUUCCCUCUCAUUCACGUGGCAUGCCAGCAGGAGAUUCAACUUGUCUAGAUCUUUCUCUCGCAUUGACACAUGGAGGUCUUCUCAUUGAGUUUUGUUGAGUCAAAGCGGGGAACUGGUCACAGAGAGAGGGGAUACAGUGCUGCCCUCUAGUUGGCACUUGACCUUGCCGAUGUCCAUAUCUCUGUCUCGUGGCAGCGUGCAUCACUGCAUGAAUGUCUUGAGAACAGGGUUCUUGCCCCCAGUCUCCCCUGCCUCCUUGGUCUCAGUGCAGGCACCCGUGCCAACCUCCAGGCUGCCAAACAGCUCUCUGCUGGGUGGGGCCACUCAUUCCAUUGGGCAAGAGUCUACUCUGUCCAGUCUCCUUGUGCUCCAUCCAUCCCACCCUUUCCAGCUAAGAAAGCAUUCCAGCCCUUUCUAAGCAUUUUCCCUCCUGGAUAAGCCCAGAGGAUGGAUACCUAGGAUGGAGCCAGAAUGGCCAUAGAACUAACAUCAGGACAACCCUGUAUGUCAGCCCUGCACUCAGGCCCCAUCCCAGGGGGCCCCUGCUCCUUAGUGAGAGGAAGUGCUGGCAUCUAGUCGAGGUCACAUGCAGAAUCUCACCCAAGGUGCUGGAAGACCAGCACACUGUUUGCCGCCUGGGAAUGCCGCUCUGGCUUGCCAGCCAGCAGGGCUCCCCUGGACGCGCGCGGGCAGCGAGUCCCUCUGGGUCCCUCCAGCAGGUGAGCCAGGUGGCAGGAGAUUGGGACGUCCGGCCAGCACAGUGCAGGUUCACCUGCUCCUGUCCUACCCCAGCAUCUUGGCCAGACGAAGGUACUCACGGAUCCCUGUGUUCAGCUACCUGGUCUUUUUAUCAUCUGCUCUGGAGAAGGAAAUGGCAACCCACUCCAGUAUUCUUGCCUGGUAAAUCCCAUGGACGGAGGAGCCUGGUAGGCUACAGUCCAUGGGGUCGCAAGGAGUCGGACACGACUGAGUGACUUCACUUUCUUUCUGCAGAUGCAUACCUGUGUGUGUGAGAUCAUUCUGCACAGAUACAUAUAUUUGAGUCUAUACAUCUGUCAGUUGAACGAGAGCAUCAAGUGCGUUCCCCUUCCCUCAUCCACACACACGCCUGUCACCCAAGCUGUGGAGCGGGUCACCUUGAAUGGUCUGGAGCGACACCGUGCGGUGGAUCUGGACGUGACCGCCUCGUUUUUUCGUCCUGUAGUAGACCCCCUGGCCCCGGCCGGUGUCAGUCUCCUAGCGGGACCCUUUAAAGCCAGACCCCCGUCCUCCACUGUCCCUCUGUCAGCCACACCGUGCAAGGAGAUGGCCGCUCCCUCCCUCCUCUUCAACACUGUAAUUAUUGUUUUACAAUCGAGUGCCUUAAUAAUAGUUUACAAAUACUGUGUAUUUAUGGGCAGCCGUUCCGCUUUCGCCUUCUGUGAUUGGAUACUUUGCCUUGUCCGCGGUGGUUGGCGCUGGGGCUGGAAUUUGCCUUCCCCAUACUUGGGCUGAUCUGCUGGGCAGCCUGCCCACAGCCAGGCCAGGGGCAUCGCUAGAAACAGCGCUGGCUGGCGGUCCCUAUGGGCGAGGCAGGCGCUGUUUCAGCCAAGGGCCCAUAGUAAACGAAGAAAAGCCAGGAUUGGUAGGCCAGCCAGCUCUGGCCCCCUCUGGACCACAGUCCUGCCCGUCUCCUCUACCCUCCCCAUCACACAGCUGUUCUCCUGUUCAGUAGAGUUUUUCUUACCAUCUUGUCUCCCCUGCCCCGUUUUCCUCUCUUUUGGUGUCCUGAGUUCUUUGCAACAAAAUGCAGGUACAGAUCUCCCUCCAGUCAGGAGCUCCCCUGCCUCCAAGACUGCCUGCCCUUUGGUUUCCAGAAGCUGCCAGUGGGUGCCAGUGUGUUGCGUUACGAUAUCAAUGAUUUUUUUAUUAUAUAUUGUUUUUCUUCUUGGUUUUUUUAUAUUAUCUAUUUAAAAGGCAGUAUCUUUUGUACUGUGAAUUUGCAGUAGAAGAUGCAUAAUGCACUUUUUUUUUUUUUACUUCUGUUGGUGUGUACUGUAUAUAGUCUGUGUGCUUCUUGUGAGGAAAAUAAACUUUCUUUAUAAAUGCUC